AAAACUAUUUUCAUGUUGUUGUUGUUGUUUUACCCCCGUAAGAACACAUUUAUUAAUUAUUAAUUAAAUAACUAUUUAUUACCUAUAUUUCUAGAAACAUGUGUGAGUAUAAUGCAAAAUAAAGUGUCAGUUGUGAAUUAAACGGGUAAACUUGUAGAGGAAGUAACCAAAUAUGGUUGAUAGCUCAUGUUAGCAUGUUAGCAUGUUAGCUAGAGUGUUAGCCUGUUGUUACUUUAUAUUUGAUGUUGAAAUAAGUUUAAAACACAAGACUGUUGUUUAAGCAUUCAUAUUUAAUACUUAACAUGCUGUUUGAUUCGCCUUUCAAUCGAUCUUUGCCUUUAGAAUGAUUGUGAUGAAAAAUAAGAACAUUUGUCCCCAGUUAUCUGCAUGUGUUUAUAUAGAGAUGAAAGUGAGUCUGCUGAAUGUAUAAGUCGAGUAUUAUAGUUUCUGUGAAAUGUUUUCGGUUUUAUUAUGGGCAGUUUUGUGUCUCUAGAUCUAGAAAGAUCAUAUAUCACCCAGUUGUGAUUCUUCAUCAUCGAGCUGAACAGAUAAACAAAUGUCAAAUGUAACAUUUUUCUCAGAUUGUCUAUAGCUGAUGUUGUAUAUUCGAAGUGUUUGUUCUGAAAUGGUUUAGUGCUAGUGAAUCAUUGUGUUUUUAUCAGCAGGAUUUGUACUUUGGCUCAAACAGGAAGAGUGUUGGAAACAAAGGAGAGCACAAAGCAUUCACUCUGAACCAAAUAUAAACCAGAUAAACAACUAAAUUACCAUCCAUCCAUACAUUCACUAUCACAACCCCUAUAUCUGAAGACCCCGCAGAGUUUUAACGCAAUAGAGCGUGUGUUUAAUGUGGUCUAAAAGUUUGUAUGUGUGUGUUAGCCAUGAUGCUAGUGUUAGCAUGACUCAGUGGAUUUCACUUUGAGGCCUAAAACACUCGUACAUCUCUAUGUCAUCUAUAAAAACGAUGUAUAGAUAGUACAUAUACGUGUUUGCAUUACAAAGGGAGUUGUAAGCCUAGGGUGUGUAUAUUGAUUAAUGUAUCAUAUUUUGGUGUAAUGGUACACAUAGAGCAUUCUAGCAUGGCGUGAAAGCUAGUUUGAUCAUCAAUUUACUGUUUUUUUUUUUUUUUUUAGCAGUUUAUGGCUGGUUUAUUUUGCUCAAAUUAGUUUUACUUUAAAAUGUAGCUAUUUUUUUGUUUUGUUGUUGUUGUUGCAAGAAAUCCAAAAGGUCUGUACGUUUGAUAUUGUCCAGACAUUGACAAACCGACAUUAAAUACACACAGCUGGAAAAACGGCUCUGUUUUGACACACACACUGGGACAUUACCAUUUUUGGCUUUAUCAAAAUAUAUACACCCAUUUUAGAGCCCAUAAACAGGAAGGGGGGCCCUAUGCCAACACGUUCCUACUAGAAACCCUUGAUGUAAUGGAGGCAGAUCAGCAUGAUCGGGGGUAUUUAUAGUCAGGACACACUGUUGUUCAGAUCAGCACAUCACACUGCACCCUUGUGAUGGGCAACAACUAAUCCCCCCACAACAGGCACACGUGUGACGUGGGCCAUGUGGUGGGUUUUUCCGGGGAAAACCUCUGACGUGUCUUUUAAAAAAGGCAUAGAUGAAAUGCUGCAGUCUUGUUUACUUGGAGACAAGAGGCCCCCAGGAUCUUCAGGGCCCUCGUAAAUAUCUCACUCCACAUGGCGGAUAUCGGCUGUAUUGCAGUUUAUUGCUGUUGUUGAAGGCAGUUGGAUGUGGACAGUGUUUGUUGGUGUAAUCGACCCUGUAGUCGAACGGAAUGUUCCAACUGUUCUCACCUACAGAUCUUACAAUGCACAGUGCUGCUACGAUUGAGUGAUUGCUAGUCUUGAUCAAAUCACAAAUGCACCAAGUGAUUUGUUAGUGACUGGUCUGUAGGUGCUGCUUAUUAGUUUCCUGAUCAAAACAACAUAUUAGGUGUGUUCGACAUUGUGCAGCGCCGCACUUGUAGUGCGUGUUGGUUAAGAAAUUUUGUCCCACUUCAGACCAUGCCACUUUAGACCGUGCCACCGUGACGUAUGUCUAAGUACCGCAAGAGUGAAUGGAAACCAGCCACUUAACUCCAAAGCAACUGUACACGCUCUGAUGACGACACUGCUUAUUUGCGAUUGGCCAAACUCAACAAUGACAACAGCGACGUUUCAUUUGCUGCAUUUUGCAGUGGCAUACUACUCUUACUACUACUGCUAUAUCAAUCUAUGUAGUAGUAUGGUGGUAUGCCAUUACCCAUGUGUUUAUUCUGACACCUGUUCUGCUUAACUCUCAAAUCCGUGUUCCUCUAACAAUACAUUGUUUUUAUCAUAUUAUGUUUAUCAUAGCAAUAUGUUUAUUCAUUAAAAACGAUUAAAAAUACUGAUGUUAUUUGUAUUAAAAUAAUAGCACAGUGGGGCCUGUGUAGCUCAGUGUGACUACCACCCCUAGAGUCAUGAGUUUUAAUCCAGGGCAUGCUGAGUGCCAGGUCUCCUAAGCAGCCAAAUUGGCUCGAUUGCUAGGGAGGGUAGAGUCACAUGGGGUAACCUCCUCUUGGCCGCGAUUAGGGGGUUCUCGCUCUCAAUGGGGCGUGUGGUAAGUUGUGCGUGGAUCGCGGAGAGUUGCGUGAGCCUCCAUGUGCUGUGAGUCUCCGCGGUGUCAUGCACAGCGAGCCACGUGAUAAGAUGUGCGGAUUGACUAUCUAAGAAGCGGAGGCAUCUGAGACUUGUCCUCCGCCACCCAGAUUGAGGUGAGUAACUACGCUACCACAAGGACCUACUAAUUAGUGGGAAUUGGGCAUUCCAAAUUGGGAGAAAAGGGGAUAAAAAAGAGAAAAUUAUAGCACUGUAUUAAGCAGCAUGUAACCCUUUCAAAUAAAUGUCUGACUGUUAUUUGUAAAAUUCUAAACUCUGUCUAUCUGAAUUCAACUUCGUCUGCAAUAAAGCAAGCAAGCAUCGCUCAAUCUGCCAUCUCCCAACUGCAAAUCUCACUGAUCGGAAAUGUGAAGUGCAGUUCAAGUCGAACACACCUAUUGUUACUUUUAUCUAGUUAGACAGGUUGUGAAGAUACCACAACUUCAGUAUUCAAUAUCAAAGUUAGAUUGCACAAUUCUCAAUGCUAAUUGUGAUACCACAGCAAAACUAAUAUGCUAUUACAUGCCCUUUAAAAAGGUUGCAUAUAAAUUUAGUGUAAACAAUGGCAAGUAUAGAUAGUAUUAGAUUACAUCAUCAAACACGCUCCCACCACCAUGACGGUGGGGAAACAUCAAUAAACACAGCACUGCGUUUCUACGUUACCAACGCAAUAGUGAAAUUUGAAACGUUGUGAUUGCCAAAAACAUUAAAGUGAACAUAGAAACUCUGGAUACGUUUUCACAAAGGUGUUAAGAAAAGAGAAAUAUGAAGAUAAACUUAGUGUGUUGGAUCCUUCCAACUUGUAAAAAAAAACAACACACUUCUAGUUAUGACAUUACCUACGUGUUGCGAUCAUCAUCAAUACUGUUAGUGCUUCCACAAGUCAGGAAAGAUAUUCAAGUCUCUAAAAUCAUGUAUUUUUUUUCUGUGGAUGGGUGCUGGACAGUAAACGUUUACAGAUGGGAAAGAACAAUCAAGACGACCGCAAUAUUGCCACCGCAAAGGAAUCGCCCACUUUUAGAGAGAUGGCCCAGGAAACCAAUCAGAGCCCCGUGCCCAUGCUCUGUGCCACUGGCUGUGGUUUCUAUGGCAACCCAAGGACCAAUGGCAUGUGCUCGGUCUGCUACAAAGAGCACUUAACAAGACAAAACAACGGGGGAGUCAGUCCUAUUAGCACAAUGGCAGGUUCCAGCAGUCUAACUAGUAGUCCGAACUCUGAAGCCUCAGCCAUUCAGAUUAUUGAAGCCACACUAAACAAUACUUCCUGUGUUAGUUCUGCCGAGUCACCUAAUAGCACAGCCGCCGCUGCCCUUCCGGUUACACAACAGAUGACGGAGAUGAGCAUUUCCUGUGAAGAGGAAGUGGCCUCUCCAAAAGUAGAACUUCCUGUAGCAGUUGUCACUCAGCCAACAGCGUCCACUGCACAUUCUAUUGCAGAUGGUAGCGAUGAAGCCAAGAUACCAGAAGCCCCCAAACCCAAGAAGAACAGAUGCUUUAUGUGCCGCAAGAAGGUCGGCCUUACAGGAUUCGACUGCCGUUGUGGGAAUCUGUUCUGUGGACUUCAUCGCUACUCGGACAAGCACAACUGCCCCUACGACUACAAGGCGGAGGCUGCUGCCAAGAUCCGCAAAGAAAAUCCCAUUGUGGUCGCAGAUAAGAUUCAGAGAAUAUAAAUCUCUCGCUUAUCCAUGCAUUGAUUUUGCGAGAGAACAGAUAAAAAGGACUCACACUUGACCUGUGAUUCUAAAGACUAGUUUUUUUAAAUUGCCGUAUGGGGAAAGAUUCCUGUUUCUAAGCCAAUGCAUGAAUGAUCACUUCCACCUUUCUUUUUGAUUUCUGUUCGUAUAUGAGCUUCAAGUUAAAACAAAUGGGGAUGUAAGGAAAAAAACAAAAGAGACUGUAUAAAAAAGUUAUCAAGACAGAGAUAUUUGCCUAACGUGUCUGUUUUCUGAGUGGAAAAAUUGCUGUACUUGAUUGAAUCUGAUUGUUUUGUACAAGGCUGUCUGUCUGGUUGUGGUUGUCGUACGUUUACGUUGUGAUUGCGUCACUUGGUUCGUCUCAUGACGUGGGACUCUCCGAAGACUGUUACCGCUCUGUCAGAGCAACAGUGCAUGGCUGGCUCAUGUAGCAAAUGGACGCUCUUCUGUUUCUUCUGGGUAUCACCCCUCCCGUUAGAGUCAGCCUUGUACAACAUUCAUCAGCGAAGUUUUCUGCUAGUGCGUCAGCUUACGUCAUUUAUCAGGCUAUUGGAUUGAUGCUUUUUUUUUUUUGGGUGUUUUUUCUUUCGUUAAGCUGUGUUAAAAAGAAUUUGUUUGUUAAACUGUGGACAGACUCUGUGCAAAAUAAGUAAUCCCUGUUCGAUUGGUUUAAUGCAGCCUGGCCAAAAUGCUUACCGUUCAGUUUUGCACAACCACUUUCACUGUCCUUGUCGAGUAUGGAUGGAGUCAGAAAUUGUGACAAUUGCAUGUAGAUUUAUUCUCUUUCCACAUGAUCUCUCAAGAUUUAAAUGAAUAAAUUUUGCGAUUAUUAACAUAUUUCAUUCUUGCGUUGAAUUGUAAGGGUGCAUCAGUUUACGAAAACUUGGUUCCUGGGCCUUUUGCUCUGUUCAAACAGUGGGAUUUUUAAAUGGGUGUGUUGGAUUGUUAGUUAAAUGAGUAUUUUCUUAUAAAAUUGACAGCGUACUAGAAGUCCAUUUCUUUUCCUUUUUGCUUUAUAAUUCACGUAAUGUUUUUGUGUGUGUGAGUGCGCGUGAUUGAUCUUUUCAAUGGGUAUUGUUGAUUGAGUAUCACAUGCUAUGUUUAUAUGCAGGUCAGAAAAAGUUUUUUGUCAUUGAAUCAGGCCUAUGUGUAUGCUUGAGUAUUGUGUGUCAGUGUAUGCGAGUACGAGUAUCCGAGUAGACUACUCUGUGAAUGGAAUCUUUUUCCUCCGAGGCUCAGUCCGUUUCCUGUUUUGGGUCUGGCUGCUCAGCGCUGUUGUUUAUUUAGAGCUUUGUGAGUUUACACAGUACAAAUAACAAUCUGUUCUGAUUUGAUUUUAGUUAUGCAAGUUUGUACAAACCAUCUUUAUUUAUUAUAUGUAUUGCACAUAUAAUCUUGUUACCCAACAUUACUGCGAAAUUGUAUCAUGUAAAUAAAAAUAUGUACAGAGCUAUUAAAA